AUGCCCUUUAUCGAAAAAGGAAGUUUUCUGAAGUUAAUAUUUUAUUAUAAUAUAAAUCCAAAAUAUAUUUUAUUACCAUUUUUAAAAAAAAAUAAAAUAUAUACUUUAAUUAGAGAAUACAAUACUAAUGAUGGCGAGCUAAAAAAAAAAAUUAAUGAUUAUACGUUUGUUAAAAAAAAUAGUUAUGGCGAACGAAAGACAGAGAGGAGAAACACAAAUGUAGGAGAAAAAGAAAAUAUUUCAAAAUCAAAAAAAUAUGGAGAAAUUACUACUAAUAAAGCUACUAUAGAAGAUAUGCCCAAUAAUAUAUCAUCAAAUAUAUUUAUUGAUAAAGAGGGUAAAUCGUCGUAUUUGGGAACUAAUUUAAAUGUAGGAAAUUAUAAAAAAAAAAUUCCUUAUUAUAACAUAGAUCCAUCUGUUAAAACAAAAAAAAUUCAAAUAUAUCAUAACUGUGAAGCACAUGAUAUGAAUCGUAAAAUUAAUAAAAUUAAAAAUUAUCUUCUAAAUAGUAACCCUGUAGAUAUCCUUUUAAUAUGCAACGCUGAUAUUAGUACAAAGGAAAAUAUUGAUAAACAAAGUGGUGAUCAUGAUAAUAAUAAUUCAAGUUUUAAAAAUAGAAAUAAAACACAAUCAAAUUCAGAAAUAAGUGAUAAAUAUACAAAUUUCACAGAGUUUCAAAAAAUUAAUCAAACAAAAUAUUCUUUACAAACUUAUGCAAAAACACAUUUAUUAUUAAACCAUUUAAGAAAUAUUGCAUAUGUUGAUGAUAUAUUUAGACAUAUUAAAAAUAAAAAUCAUAUCAUUUUAAUAAAAGUUUAUCCAAAAUAA